AUGGUUGUGAUUCACUUGAAAUCUUUGGAGAUGUUUUCAAACUGUGAAUGGUUGUGGAAAGUCACUCUUACUGGGAACUACGAACUUGGUCCACUUGCUGGAGACAUAUUACUAAACUCCAUGCUCCUGCAGAUUUGGCUUUUGAUUUUAUAUGGAAACGCCAAAGAUUACUUUAUCAGUAUCAACAUUUCAAACAUUGAUAUUUGGAGUGGGUGCUCGGUACUUUGGGUCGACUGGGUGAAGACUUACAAUAUGCUGCUUCCACACGAUUGGUACAAUCACUUUUCUGGGAUUUUGAUGUUCCUCAAAUCCAAUGGGAAUUUGUAUUCUCUGAACCCUGGCAUAAUCAUCAAGCUGGGCGUAGACGAAGAUUUUCAAUCUGAGCUUGGUCAGGAGUCUAAUGAAACACUUGAGACUCAGUCUCAAGAGAAGACAUAUGUAGGAUAUGUUUCCUUUAGUUCACUGAGGCACACCACAUGCUUGAAUUCAACAUACAAUAUCAUUUCUUUUUCCCAAGAUAAGGAGAAAUUGUAUGGAGAUGAUUACAAGUUUAGAGCUGUACUCGUUCCUAAAAAAUAUCUGUUCCAAACAACAAAAGCGGCAACCAAUUCCUUACAAUUUUGGGAUGAGGAGGAAGUUUAUGAUAGAAAGACAUUUACGAUUCAACAUGAUUCAAACUCGUGUAUCGAGAUUUUAUGGGAUCCUCUUAGUCAUUUGUAA